AUGAAUACACGAAAAUAUAUUGAUGUUAUUAUAGAUCAAUUGAUAUCCAGUUAUAACAAUACAUGGCAUCGAAGUAUUAAGACGGAACCCUCAUCGGUUACAUUACAAAAUCAAGAAAAAAAUUUGGAAAACAUUGUACGAUCAGAAAUCAGUAAAAAACAUGUUCCUACCGAUUUAAAGAUUGGAGACACGGUGCGCAUCAGCCGAGCAAAAAUGCUGUUCGAGAAAGGAUAUGAACAAAACUGGACAAGAGAAAUUUUUACAAUCUAUAAAAUUAUUCGGAGGACUCCUGUCGUCUACAAACUGAAAGAUUUAGCAGGAGAAGUCAUACAAGGGACCUUUUACAAACAAGAACUUCAAAAGGUUUCCGACUCUGGUUAUUACCCCGUAGAAAAAGUUUUGAAAAAGAGGAAACGUCGAGGGAAAGUGGAAUAUUUUGUGAAAUUUCAGGGGUACUCCGAAAGCUUCAAUGCUUGGGUAGAGGAUGUGAGAAGGGUAUAA